CCCUCGCAUUCGGGUCCUUGGGCUGCGAUUGCGCCUGAGAGUCUUGAUCGUCUUGUCGAGAGCUGCGCUAUCUGCACAUCUCGGUCGCUGAUUCCCCUUUCGCCUGUCGCAGAGCGCCCCAUCCGGCGCUGCCGACAGCCUACCGCAAUCCCUUGUCCAACGCCAGGCACAGCGACCUGGCCGGAUACGCCAAAACCCGGAAUUGUGAUUUCUGCUGGCAUCCAUUGCGAUGCCGGUGGGGGACAACGCGCUGGUGUCGAAGCGGAGUGGAAGGCCGUACGAUCACGACGGCGUGCGCGAGGAGGCGAAGGGGUACCGAACCAGACAAGUUUCCGGACGUGACGAGGCCGAGAUGGAACUCUGGGACAGACAGAGCUUGUCCUCGACGGCGACAACAUGGAGCCGCCAAUCCAGCCUGGGACCGUCCCCGACUGUCUCUUCCGCCGAUGAAGAGCAAGAGGCGGAGAAUCGGAUAUCGGGGGGUCAAGGAGGGCCUCUGAGCGAUCCGAGGCUCGCUGGUGCAUUCCAGCCUUCCACGGCGCCGCUGGACAGUUUAGCGAUCGGUCCGGAGGAGCGCAUCUCAGCCGGAGGUCGACCGGCCAACUUUGGCGUUGUCGUGCCAGGAGUCUACCGCAGCAGCUUCCCGCAAGUCGAGGACUACGCGUUUAUUGAAGGCCUGCAACUCAAGACUAUCAUCACGUUGGUGCGGAAGGACUUCCCCCGUGGCUAUGAUGCCUUCCUCCACAAAAACGGCAUCAGGCAUUACGUGUUCGACAUGAAGGGCACGAAAAAGGAAGACAUCCCGAUCACGACAAUGAGGUCCAUUCUCCGCCUCGUCUUGGACCGUCGCAACCAUCCGUUGCUGAUCCAUUGCAACCACGGCAAGCAUCGCACCGGCUGUGUCAUCGGCGUCGUCCGCAAGCUCUCCGGCUGGGCCCUGACGGACAUCAUCAGCGAGUACGAGGCGUAUGCGGAGCCGAAGGCGCGCGCGUGCGACAUCAAGUACAUCACGGGCUUCGAGCUGGCCAACAUCUCGAGCUUGUCCCGCGAGGCGGCGAGCUCGCCCUUUCGGAGUUUCGCCUUCCUGCGCGCCAGCAUCUUCGCCCUCGUCAUGCUCGCCGUCUGGCUCGUCUCCGGCAGCAGAAUCGCCGCCGCCAGGGGCGCCCCUCCCCCGCAGCGCAAGCCGCCAGGCGAGGCCGGCCGGGGGAUCUAGCCCGCCAUGGCAGCCAUCAUGAUUGUCGCCAGGUUGAGUGAAGGGUAGUGUGGCGAGGAAAGGCGAGGUGCUUUUGCCGGGUUACGACGCCCUCAACGGUCAUUACCGUUCUACAGGACGCCAUCGAGCUAUAUGCGGGCCUUUCAUCGCAAGAUUCUUCGACCAUCAUCUUUCGGCAUCCAUUUUGUCAGCUGUUCGGUCGCUCGGGUCCCGGCGCCCUGAUGAGCUGGCACCACACAUGAUGGGCGGCAGCAGCCAGCCAGUGCUUCUUGCACACUUCACCGCACCAAACCAACAAAAAUCAACAACA